UUGACUAUAAUACUCUAAAGGCUUGUUUCAUUCAUUUCUCUCUCUUUCUUUAAUAGCCUUAAUGAAGACCCUAUCUCUGAUUGCCAUUUCACUAUUGCUUUUACAGGUUUCUGAAGCAAAGACAUUUCUCUUCCCAAUACCACAGCAAGUAGAAUGGGCUGGCGCUAGUGUACCACUUUCCGACACCUUUAGAUUUGAAGGGAUUCAAAACCCUAAUGUUGCGAAGGCUGCAGUUAGAUACAAAGAUUUGAUCAUCAGCGAACGAUGGACACCAGUUCAGAAAAUGACAAACAGACUGGUUGUUAAUAAAAGCUUGAAUGAACUGCAGGGUAUUUUGUUUCAGGUUUCUGACAACCAAAUCAAAUUGGAUAUUGGUGUAGAUGAAUCCUAUGAGUUACAUAUCCCAAGCGGCGGUGGUUAUGCUACGCUGACAGCCCCUACUUGGGUAGGCGCGCUUCGUGGGCUAGAGACCUUUUCCCAGUUGGUAGUUGCUGAUGAUGGUGAUGAUGAUGAUCAGCUGGUAGCGCACUCUGUAAAAAUCAAGGAUUAUCCUGCUUUUGGUCACCGUGGUAUCUUACUGGACACAUCAAGAAAUUUUUAUCCUGUUCAGUCCAUCCUACGUACACUAGAUGCACAGUCUUACAACAAGAUGAACGUAUUCCAUUGGCAUAUCUCUGAUUCGCAAUCAUGGCCCAUCUUUCUUAAAUCUCAUCCCGAACUUUCGGAAAAGGGAGCCUAUUCCGAUAAAGAAAUAUACACUCCCGAGGAUAUCCAAAAUAUUAUACAAUAUGGUAACGAGCGUGGUAUACGUGUGAUCAUUGAAUUAGAUAUGCCUGCUCAUACGGGCUCCAUUGGCGAAUCCCACCCAGACUACAUGACAUGCCGUGAUAAAUUUUGGGAAGAGUAUGCUGCAGAACCCCCCGCCGGUCAGUUGAAUCCCGUGAAUGAAGAAGCGUUUCAGUUGGUCAAGGACAUUGUCACUGAGGGAACUGAUGUCUUUCCCGAUACUCUUUAUCAUACUGGAGGUGACGAAAUCAAUAGUAAAUGCUGGGAGGAUGAUGCAACUGUCAAAAAGUAUAUGGAUGAGCAUAAUAUGACGGCUAAGGAUUUGUGGUUCAAUUGGACAAAUAGACUACUGGAUUUCGUAAUAAACGAUCGCAAGAAGAGGCCUAUCAUUUGGGAAGAUCCUCUAAAGGACGGCGGUAGUUAUCCGAAAGAAACGAUUGUUCAAAUAUGGACCACACCUGCCAAGAAAUAUACUGACCUUGGCCAUGACGUUAUUGUAUCUUCGUAUGACUACUUUUACCUUGAUUGUGGACAUGGAGGCUGGGUAGGCAAUGAUGAAAGGUUCAUCAGCCCUCUGCAAGCAGAAACUGAAGAUGACAGGUUCAAUUAUGGAGGCUCUGGAGGAUCCUGGUGUGCUCCUGUGAAAACUUGGCAGCGAAUUUAUUCUUAUGACAUGACCUUGGGUAUUUCAGAAAGCUCUCUUGGUAAAAUCAUUGGUGGGGAAGCAGCCAUGUGGUCUGAACAAACUGGCCACACUGUCUUGGAAGGACGUCUCUGGCCACGAUCAGCAGCAGCAGCCGAAGUUUUCUGGUCCGGAAGCUACGAUGAAAAUAACAACAGACGUACUGUUAAAGAAGUUGCCGAACGUUUCCAUGACUGGAACUAUCGCUUACAGGCUCGGGGUAUCAACAGUGAACCGAUUCAGCCUAAAUAUUGCGCAAAGAAUCCAGGCCUCUGCGACCUUCAUGCGCCAGAUAGUUAUUAG